AUGUUUGAUUUGAAGGAUUCGGAAGAUCCAGCCGAUAGAGAGAAGCAGAGGACGAUGUCGUCGUCAUAUACGGGACCGCAGAUCAAGGGAGCUGCUGAUUUGGGUGAAGUGGAAACUCCCUGGGGACACGCUCCUAAUCCGACAAUUUAUCAGUACGAGCCGUCAUCUGGUUUGUAUUAUGACCCUAGCACUGGUCUCUAUUACGACAGCAAUUCGCAGUAUUAUUGGGAUACGAGCGCUCAGAAAUGGAACUGCUGGAAUGCUACCUAUCAGACGUACAUACCUUGCGAUGCAAUGACAGCGCAGUCUGAAAAAGGCCAAGUUACAUAG